UUAAUAAGGCGCUCUGUAUUUCUUAGAGCCGGAAUCGUAGAUGUUUUUAAAGUACAUUUACUGAGUUUUCGGAUACGAUGUGUACUACGACUGAAAAUGCAACACAAGACGAUUCCGAUGAUUUAAUCUUGGAGCUUGAACCUUUUCAUCACCCACGUCUAUAUGGUACCGCCGGUUGCGAGACAUGGAGCGUCUGCUUUUCACCAGACGGGUCGCACUUUGCCUGGUCGAUGGGUUAUGGUGUUGUGAAAGUGCUCCGCUGGCGUCUACCGGCCAAUGACUGUGCUGAUUCUAAUGACAGUGAAGAGAAAACGCUGAACUGCGAGCAUACUGUUUGGGGGAUGGCGUUUGGACCGCGCCUGUCAAAUCGCGCAACGGCUGUCGGGGAGAUUGGGAAAGGACUGCACCUAGUAACCGGCCUCCACACCGGUGUGAUCAAGGUGUGGGCCGUCUCUACCGGGCAGCUACUGUUAAGUUUGACUGGACACAAGUCUGUUGUCAGAGAUUUGGUUUUCGCACCAAACGGAACUCUCACUCUCGUAUCGGCCUCCAGAGACAAAACAUUGAGAAUCUGGGACUUGUCAAAGAAAGGUGCACCGUGUCGUGUCCUGACUGGCCCAAACUACUGGGUGUUCAAAUGUUCUGUCUCUCCAGACAGCAGCAUGAUCGCCUCGGUUUGCAAUCUCGACUCGAAAGCUUAUCUAUGGAGCCUGAGAUCCCACACCCUCAUCAGGAUCCUGAAAUAUGACCAUGAGCGUACCAUGAUAUCGUGUGAUUUCUCUAUGGAUGGAGCACUGCUUGCUAUCGGUUCAUUUCACACUAAGACAGGAUGGUGGCUGGACUUAUGGGAUCCCUACACUGCUGAUCACCUGACUAAAAUAGAGGACUGUGACACAUGUAUAUACAAAAAUGACAAUCUGCUCACAGCUUUGAGUUUCUCACCUGUAGCCCCUCAACUGGCAUUCAAAGACUAUAGGGCGUUACAGAUUUGGGACAUGGAACAAGAUAAACUGGUUUUGGAGUCGGAUCAUAACCGGGUCAGCGGGAUAUGCUGUGCCUUUCACCCUUUGGGUAGCAUCAUUGCUACAGGAUGUCGAGAUGGUCACGUUAAGUUCUGGAGAGUUCCACGCCUAGUUCCAAGCCUGCGCCACCUGUGUCGGACUGCACUUAGACACUCGGUGUCCACCUUUCAGGUGAGGGCUCUGCCCCUCCCAAAGAAACUCCUGGACUUUCUCACCUACAGGACCAUUCCUAAGAGAAAAAUCUUACGAUGUACUGAACACCACCGCUGAUGGCUAGCAGCUUCAGUUGG